AUGUCUGAUACUUCAGAGACUCUCACCGAUAUUAUUGAGCUACUUGAGAGUGAUAAGCAUGAGAUAGUGGUGUCUGGUUUAGACAAGUUAGAAUCUGUUUUGAGUGAUUUGGUUCCUUUAAUCCGAAAUGGUUCAAUUGAGAAUAACCCAUUUGUUACGUUGCAAGAUACGUUUGAUCACAAUAUAGCUUCACAUUUGGUUAGUGUUUACGAUUCACUUGCUAAAGAAGAAGACGAGGACCUCCUUAUCCGGUUAAUUCAAUGUAAUACUUUGCUACAGGGUUUAUUAUUAGUUCAUCCUCGAUCCAGAGUUAUAUUCCAUCAAAACUCCAACAUGAAGGCCAUCUUAGAAGUUUUAGAUCUCACCUCGGAUAUUGACGUACUCAUUUCAAUAGUUUCAACCAUAGUCCAUAUUAUCCUUAAAGAUUUGGAUAACUACCGAUCUUUUGAACGAUGUGGAGGAUGCAUCAAAGUCAUGCGCAAGUUUGAUUUGACUAACCAGGCCAAAUCAGAUUUAAACUAUAAGAUCAUUGAAUUCCUCAUUGUCUAUCUUAUAGAUGAAGAAGCUUUGAAUCCCACAAAGACCCAGAAGAAAUCCAUUAGUGAGAAAGCCCAACUAUUAGAGCCAGAAUUUGCUGAAAUUCAUCAUCUAAUCGCCAAUUUGAAUGACUUGAAAACAUGA